CAACCUACCUCUCUUUCUGCCUCUUCCUCUUAUGCAGAGUUUGUGAUCAUUCCUCUCGAUUGUUUAUUAACCUACAUAGAUUGAUGGCUAACUUGAUGUGGAUAUGAACUACAGGGCAUCUGGCUGUGUAUGUCAGUGCUGUUGUUCAACGCAUGAACAUUAUUCAGUGAAUCCCCUUAUUUGGACAUUUGGAUUCAUACAAGUACUUGUGGACUUACAGAUACUUACAUUUUUGUCUUUGGGAAAAACCUGCUGUUUUUGAAAUCUCUAUCUUGUAUCUACAUGUCCUGCAGUUAUAUACACAUUCUGUAGCCAGAUUUUGAUGAAUGAGUGUGAGUGUAUCCUUUACACAGUUGGAAAAGUCUGAGAUUGCAGCUGCUUUCUCUUCUGGGAGGGAGAAGGAAGUAAGUGUGGAUAUUUGUGGAGUGUAUGACCAUAUAACAGAGAGAGUCUUUGAAUUGAGGUGAGUAACAGCUUCUGACUGCACACCAUGGAAGGGUUUGAUUUGGAGGGGAAACAGAAACGCUACUGCAUUCGAGGGAAGCACGCCGCUCUAAUAUGCUUGGCUGUGAUAGUGACAGGCGUUGCAGUGGGUCUUGGUGUGGGUCUGAGCCAGAAAACAUCGUCCACUGAUGAGGGCACCAAGCCAACACCAACACCAACAACACCCCCAACUACAAGCAGCCCGGUGAUGGACAGGGGCCCCUGCAAACCCUCCAACAAUACCAACGGUGGCUGGACCAAUUUUCGUCUGCCUGACUACAUCAUACCAAUCCACUAUGAUCUGCACCUGGAGCCCAACCUAGAUACAGAUGUUUAUAUUGGCAGUGUGGCUAUCCAUCUGAAUCUGACUAAGGCCAGCAAGCACCUAUGGCUACACAUUCGAGAAACAUAUGUAUCAUCUAUGCCCACACUGGAACUCAAGGGCCCAACUGGUACCACCUCCAUUGGGCUGAAGGGGUGCUUUGAGUACACUCCACAGGAGUAUGUAGUGAUGGAAGCCACCGAGGAACUAAGGGCCACCAGCACAGAUGAGUCCUACAUCCUCACUCUGCAGUUCCAGGGCUGGCUGAAUGGCUCUCUUGUCGGCUUCUACAAGACAACCUACGUUGAGAACGGAGAAAUCAAAAAAAUUGCAGCCACAGACCACGAACCCACCGAUGCUCGUAAAUCAUUCCCCUGUUUUGAUGAGCCGAACAAGAAAGCCACAUUCAAAAUUUCCAUCACCCACGAAAAGGCUUAUGAAGCCUUAUCCAACAUGCCAGUGGAGAGUAAUGUGUCAAUUUCUGACAACAAGGCAAAAACCACUUUUAUUACGUCAGUAAAGAUGAGCACCUACUUGGUGUGUUUUGCAGUGCAUCAGUUUGCUUAUGUAGAACAAAUGUCUAAACGAAACAUUCCACUUAGGAUCUACGCCCAGCCUUCACAGAUACACACUGCUGAAUAUGCUGCAAUUGUCACUAAGAUUAUCUUUGACUAUUUUGAAGAAUACUUUGACAUGGAAUACUCUAUUCCAAAACUUGAUAAGAUAGCAAUCCCAGACUUUGGGACAGGUGCGAUGGAAAAUUGGGGCUUGAUCACCUACAGAGAGAGCAACCUGCUGUAUGACGAAAAGGAGUCUUCCUCUUAUAAUAAGCAACGUGUGGCCAGUGUCAUUGCCCAUGAACUUGUGCACCAGUGGUUUGGCAAUAUUGUGACAAUGGACUGGUGGGAUGAUUUGUGGCUGAAUGAGGGAUUUGCCAGCUUUUUUGAGUAUGUGGGAGUGGAGGAGGCUGAGCCCAGUUGGGGAAUGCGUGAGAUCAUGCUCAUUGAUGACGUAUUUCCUGUCAUGGUUGAUGAUGCACUUCUUACUUCUCACCCCAUCAUUGUUGACGUGUCCACCCCUUCGGAAAUCACUUCUGUGUUUGAUGCCAUCUCAUACAGCAAGGGAGCGUCUAUUUUGAGAAUGUUGGAGGACUGGAUAGGCCGAGACAACUUUAGAGAUGGCUGUCGGAAAUAUUUGAAAAGCUUCACUUUUCAAAAUGCCAAGACAUCAGAUUUUUGGACUGCCCAGGCUGAGAUAAGUGGGAUGUCUGUAGCAGUUGUUAUGGAUACAUGGACUAAACAGAUGGGUUACCCAGUGCUAAGUCUUACUAAUACAGAUACAGAGGCUAAUCUCAACCAAAAAAGGUUUCUCCUGGAUCCUAAUGCAGACCCAACACAGCCCAGCUCUCCUCUGGGCUACAAAUGGAGUAUUCCUGUGCAGUGGAAAUCACUCAGUACCAACAAAAAUGGCACUAAAAUGUUUGAUAAAGAACAAACAGAUGUAAUUAUUGAAAACUACUCCCCUGCUACUGAUGGACUCAUCAAAGUUAACAGCAACCACAUGGGCUUUUACCGCGUCAAUCACCCUGACGACAUAUGGACUGCCAUCAGCCAGCAGCUGCUAAAAGACCACCUGGUCUUCAGUGCAGCAGACAGAAGCAGUUACAUUGAUGAUGUAUUCGCUUUAGCAAGGGCAGAUGUAGUUCAUUAUAAUAGAACUUUUGAAUUACUCAAGUACUUGGCCAAUGAGACAGAGUAUAUUGUGUGGGCCCGGGUUGACUCAUCAAUAGCCUAUGUGAGGGACAUGUUGGCAAGUAACCCCACACUCUAUCCCCAGUUUCAGAAACUUUUUCGUCAGCAUGUACAGAGCAUCUCUACAAAGUUGGGCUGGGACGAUGUGGGCAACCAAACUGAAAGGCUUUUGAGGGAGACAGUGCUCAGCCUCGCAUGCCAGAUGGGUGAUACAGCGACUCUCUCUGAGGCUUCUGGCAUUUUUAAAAAGUGGAUUAAUGGUGAAAUCAGCAGUGUACCGGUGAAUCUCAGGCUACUUGUUUACCAAUAUGGGAUGAAGAAUUCAGGAACAGAGCAAAGCUGGGAGAUUAUGUUUCAGAGGUAUCUCAGUACCACACUCGCCCAAGAAAAAGACAAGCUGCUCUAUGGCCUGGCAUCUAUAGAAAAUGUUUCACUCCUCAACAGGCUUCUUGAGGCUUCUAAGAAUGAGGCCAUUGUGAGGAGUCAAGAUUUGUUCACUCUGGUGCGAUAUGUAUCCCUAAACAAGUAUGGUGAGAGCAUGGCUUGGGACUGGGUCACUCUUAACUGGGACUACCUAGUGAAAAGAUACACAAUUACGGACAGGAACUUAGGACGUCUGCUUAACAGAAUCAGUACGUCAUACAACACUGAGCUGCAGCUGUGGAAGAUGGAACAUUUUUUUGCCCUACACCCAAAUGCUGGAGCAGGAGAGACACCCAGAAAGCAGGCUUUAGAGAGAGUGAAGAGCAAUAUUGAGUGGGUGAAGCGCAACGAAGACGAGAUCCGCUCCUGGCUGGAACACAACGUGUCUUAAACAUGUGUCACAUUUAAGCACAAAUUUAGUCAAAUCACUCCUCGGUUAUCAGAAUUUUGUUUUCCAAGAAAAUUAAGUCUUUACAUUUUAAGUUGAGAGAAACUAAACUCAUGAACCCACAGACAUGAUUAAUCAUAACAAGCACUAAUGUUAAUGUGUUUACACAUUACAGCUGUGUUUUGUUCUAGAUUCAGCAUUAAUCACUCUUACCUGGACAUAUGUUUAAGAAAAAUAAUUGUUUUGUAUUUAAGAGCCGGUUGGUUGAACUAAAAUAGUUCUAAAAAGGUUUAUAUGAUUUAUAUGAGUUAUAUGAUCAUAUGUUCUGAAGAUUAUCAUUAUUAUUCAAAAUAAUUAUUACACACUAAAUGCAUUAUAAAACUAGAAUUAAUGUAUUUACAUUUAGUGUAUUAAACAAAAAUAACAGUGGGGUCAAAGAUUUCAUCACAACCUACAAAUAAUUUUCUUUCCUUUGAGUUAAGUCCUUACUGGAAUAUCUAUGGUGAUGAAGCGAAGUUCAUUUCCACGCUGAAAUUCUGUUUAAAAGAGGCUCUUCACAUAAUGCAAUGUUUAAAUUAUAUUUAGUGGCAAACAAUCUACUACAUCCUAUGGUGCUAGGUAGUGUGAGCACACAGGGCUAAGCAAAGGACACGAUGGGCUUUGUCGGCAUUAUUAGAGGUUACUGGUUAAGAGCCAUUUGUGAGAUCGUCAUAGGAACUUGGUUGUUAAUGGUGACAUGUCGUCUGGUCUGGCAACGCAGCAUCCCCAUGAUGGCUCUUCUGAACCUUAAGCAUACAAAACAAACCAAAUGUUAAUGUAAAUGUUGGCACGACCUGCUUACAAAAAAUUCUUUAGCAAGAAUUCAUGUUCCAGACCAACUGAGCAAAUUAGAUUGACAUUACUUCCUGUUGGCGAUAACAUAGAUGCAGGGGUUGUAGAAGGUGGAAGAUUUUGCAAAGAGUGGUGCGAUGAUGGCCAUCGAUGCAGGAAUCGUUCUAGGAUCGCCAAAAGAUGCCCAUAGACACACAACAGAGUAUGGAGACCAGGCCACCAAGAACAUCACAAUCAUCACAAUAGACAUCUGUAAACCACAGUUAGAUAGCAAGCUAACAGCAACAACAGAAUGAACACACAUUAAUUACAUUUUAAUACAAAAACAUUUGCUUGCCUUAGUUACAUCUAUCUGGUCUGACCAAUCGAUGUUAAUACUGUCCAGGCAGUUGCUUUCUUUGUACCUCUUCAUGGUGACUGAAACAUUGUAAUAGCAAUAGAACAUGACAGAGAGUGGUAUGAUAAAGUUAACAGAAAUCACAGCCAUCGUGUAGGAGAUAAAGGACCUGAGGGCACAGAGGGAAAGAAAUUGGAAUCGAUGGUAAACGUGAACAGUUGUAGCACAAUAGUAUCACGUUUCCUAGGAUAAUAAUGAAACAUCACAGCAGUGAAAUAGAGUUGAGCAGAGAAAGAAAAGAGUUGAAUCAAUGGCUAAAUGUUCAGAGAGGUGAGUUGUAGCUGAUGCCUCUAUGAGGGCAACUCACGCAUCAUUGUUCCUCCAGUUGAUAGUGCAUGUGGCUCCAGUUGGAUCAGGAGCAUAACUAGCCCAACCUACAAUGGGCAUGGUGGACCAAAACACUGCGUUGAGCCAUGCAGCCAUAACCAACAGUGUAUAGGAGUGUGUAGUCAUCUUCUGGCCUACAAGCACGAAAAAGCACAAUUUAGUCAAGUUGUUCUGAAAAAAGAUUCUCUGUUGGAACACAAAUAUGUUCAUACCUAUAUCAGGUCUGCAGAUGCUUAUAUAUCUAUCAAUGGCCACCACAGUGAGCAGCCCAAUGCUGGCCAUCCCAAAGAAUAUAUUCAGGGCAGCAUAGAUCUACAAGAGAGAUAUCAAUAGAUGGCAUAAUCAACUUUCAUAGUCAACUGGGUGCACAAAAAAUUAAUUAGUUCAUGUUAUCAAUGAAUAACAAAGUCACACGUUUAGAGCUCCUGCUAAUGAUAAUGCAAGAAAACUGAAAAAUAGAGGCGGGACAAUACACUCCAAUAAGGAUUCAGAUUGAUUCACCAUACUACCUCACAUUCCAAUUCAGUUUCAACUUUUAAUGAAAAAUUAUGGCUGAAAAACUUUAUUUCUAAAUCAAUAUAAAUCAAUAUAUAAAAUAACAUGCAUUUUUGUCUUUAUAAAACAAAAUAAAUCAAACGUUUCUAAGAACAUGUACAUGUAAAUGUAUACAAUCUACCAGAAAUUUUAUUGAAUAAAGUCUCUGACCCAAAGGAUAUGAUAGACUGAACCAUAAA